CUUCUCUGCUUCGCUUUUUUUCGAUUUGUUCGGUUUGGCUUUCUGUUGGACUGGCUUUGUGCUAAGUAGUGAGUUGUUUGUUUGGCUGCUGUGAGAUAAGUUUGAGUUUGGGCCUUGCAGCGUGCAGAACGUGGUUUGUGAUCUGGGGACGGUGAGUUGUGAGUUGAACACCUGUUCGGAAACAUAUCCUCGGUUAGCUCUGGAUAUUCGGGGAAAAAACGUCGCAUAAUCCAAGCGCGCCCACUGGUUAAAUCCGCUAUCUUGAGUUUGUCAAAUCCUCAUUCCAGUCUCUACAAUGGUAUCCCCCAUGUACACCCUCUACGUGGGGACGUUCAUCCAACUCCCCCGGACCACCUCUCCGGACGAGAAACAUGAGCUCGCCAUCACCCGCGGCGCCCUCUGGGUGUCUGCCGCGGACGGCAAGAUCAAGGGGUUCGACUGGAGCAUCGCGACCGAGUCCGACCUGCAGACCCUGCUCAAGCGACACGGAUGGGUGCUCGAGGGCGCAGGGAGCCGCACCAGCGUGCGCGUGAAGCUUGUACGAGCACGAGAAGAGGAGAACGAGUUCUUCUUCCCUGGCUUUAUCGACACCCACAUCCACGCCCCGCAAUACCCGAACACGGGGCUCUUCGGCAGCGCGACCCUCCUCGACUGGCUGCAAACCUACACCUUCCCAAUGGAGGCCUCCUUCGCCAGCCCGGCCUCGCUGCCCAGCCUGCCCCCGCCCACCGCCUACCGCGCCUACUCGCAGGUCAUCGCGCGGACGCUGAGCCACGGCACGACGACGGCCUCCUACUACGCGACCAUCCACGUGCCGGCCACGAACCUGCUCGCGAGCCUCGCGCACCAGCGCGGCCAACGCGCCCUGAUCGGCCGCGUCUGCAUGGACAACCCGGGCACGUGCCCGACCACCCUGAUCGACGAGUCUCCCGAGGACAGCAUCCAAAACACCGAGGCCGUCAUCGCGCACAUCCACUCCCUCGCCCCGGCCACCUCAAAAGAAACCCUCGUCAAGCCCGUCCUCACCCCGCGCUUCGCCCCCUCCUGCACCCCCGCCGCUUUAUCGGGUCUCGCCACCCUCGCCAAGCGGUACAAACCCCCGCUGCACAUCCAAACGCACAUCGCCGAGAACGUCAACGAGAUCGCGCUCGUCCGCCAGCAGUUCCCGGACUGUGAGAAUUACGCUUCUGUAUAUGAUACCGCGGGGCUACUCACCCCGCGAACCAUCCUGGCGCACGCCGUGCACUUCUCCGCGGCGGAGCGGUCCCUCGUCGCCACCCGCGGCGCGAAGGUCAGCCACUGUCCCGCCAGCAACUCGGCGCUGGGGUCGGGGAUCUGUCCGGUGCGGUGGCUGCGAAGGGGCGGGGUGGUCGUCGGGCUGGGCAGCGACGUGAGCGGCGGGUAUAGCGUGGGGCUGCUGGAGGGGGUGCGCCAGGCGUGUUUGGUAUCCCGAUUAGUCCGCUUCUUGCAUCCUGCAGCAGAGGAGAAGGGUGAGGACGGGGUGGUCUCCGUCGAGGAAGCGCUGUACCUCGCCACGCGGGGCGGGGCGGCGGUCGUCGAUCUGCCGGAUCUGAUUGGGGGGUUCGAGCUGGGGAUGGCGUGGGAUGCGCAGCUGAUUCAUCUGGGGAGGUUUAAGCCGGCGGGGCUGUGGGGGAGCGAGGGCGCCACGAGUAAUGUGGACGUGUUUGGGGCGGAGAGCUGGGUCGAGAAGGUGCAUAAGUGGGUGUGGUCCGGGGAUGAUCGGAAUGUGAGGGCGGUUUGGGUGCAGGGGCGGUUGGUGCACGGGGGGGAGGGUGGUGAUGUUAAGGGGGGGUGGGGUGGGUGGAAGUGGGUGUGGGGUUUGGUUGGGGUGGGCGCUGCUUGGGUGAUUGUGAGGAGGGUUAAUGGAUGA